UUUUUAGAAUUAUUGAUCUGAACUAGAAACAAAAUUUUAAUGAACUAUCAAGGUUGUUCGUUUUAAGGACUUUUAUGUUGUGAGUUAACAAGUUGGUGCAACAAACGGUUUAAUCUUUACCCCAAUAAAGACGAGUUUAAUGAAUCAACUAUCUUGUUUGCUCAUUGUCAUUUCAUAUUGCCUUUUGAUUUCUCUUCCAGGGGAGCUUCGAAGGAUCCGUUCUGAAUUCGUGAAGAGAGUCUCAGACCCAGUUAUCAAAGGUCUCCUGGAUGACCUUUGGCAGCAGAAGGUGUUCAGUACAUGGGAAAAGGACUCUGUGAUGGAGGAGAGGACCAAAGCAGACCAAGCACAUAGUCUGAUCAACAUGGUGUUGGGGAAAGGGGAGAGAGCAAGUCAAGCGAUGAUUGAUAGCAUGAAGAAGAGGGACAAACACUUAUACUGCACCCUGGGUCUGAUGUCCUCUCCUGCCGGAUCUGCUGCUGUCGAGUGCCAACAUAAAAUCAAGUCUCAUUUGAAGAAGAAGUUCAAGUGUGUGUCUGAGGGAAUCGCUAAAGCAGGACAGCGAACAGAUCUGACAAACUUCUACACAGAGCUCUUCAUCACAGAGAGAGGCAGUGGAGAGGUCAACAACGAACAUGAGGUCAGACUGAUUGAAACAGCUUCCAGGAAACCAGCCAGGAAGGAAACACCAAUCAGAUGUGAAUACAUCUUUAGACCCUUACCUGGACGCGAUCAACAAAUCAGGACAGUAAUGACAACUGGAGUGGCCGGCAUUGGUAAAACUGUCUUAACACACAAGUUCACUCUGGACUGGGCUGAAGGCAAUACCAACCAGGACAUACACUUCAUAUUUCUCCUCACUUUCAGAGAGCUGAAUUUACUGAAAGGGGAAGAGUUUAGCCUGGUGGAACUUCUUCAUCUCUUCUUUAUUGAGACCAAAAAGGCAGGAAUCUACAGAUAUGACCGGUUCCAAGUUGUCUUCAUCUUGGAUGGUCUGGAUGAGUGUCGACUUCCUCUGGACUUCCUGAGAAACCCGAUCUGGACUGAUGUCACAAAGUCCACCUCGGUGGAUGUGCUGCUGACAAACCUCAUCAGGGGCGACCUUCUUCCCUCUGCUCGCAUCUGGAUAACCACACGCCCUGCGGCAGCCAAUCAGAUCCCUGAUGACUGUGUUGACAUGGUGACAGAGGUGAGGGGGUUCACUGACCAACAGAAGGAGGAGUACUUCAGGAAGAGAUUCAGAGAGGAGACGCUGGCCAGCAUAAUCAUCACCCACGUCAAGAAAUCACGAAGCCUCCACAUCAUGUGUCACAUCCCAGUCUUCUGUUGGAUCACUGCUACAGUUCUGGAGGACUUCUUCAAAACAUCCAAGAGAGGAGAAGAGAUGCCCAAGACCGUGACUCAGAUGUACAGCCACUUCCUGAGGGUCCUGUCCAUACAGGGGGACAGGAAGUAUCGUGGGAGAGCUGAAACAGAUCCAGACUGGAGUUCAGAGAGCAGAGAGAUCAUUGUUUCUCUGGGAAAACUGGCUUUUAACCAGCUGGAGAAAGGCAACCUGAUCUUCUACGAGGAAGACCUGGCAGAGUGUGACAUCGAUAUCAGAGCAGCCUCAGUGUACUCAGGAUUGUUCACCCAGAUCUUUAAAGAGGAGUUUGGGCUCUACCAGGAAAAGGUGUUCUGCUUUGUCCAUCUGAGCCUCCAGGAGUUUCUGGCUGCUCUUUAUGUCUUUCUGUCCUUCAUCAACGAUGGUGUCAAUCUGCUCUCAACCUCCAGGAAAGAUAAACACCUCCUCUACCAGAGUGCUGUGGACAAGGCCUUAGAGAGUGAGAACGGACACCUGGACUUGUUCCUCCGCCUCCUCCUGGGCCUCUCUCUGGAGACCAAUCAGAUUGUCCUACGAGGUCUGCUGGGACAGAAAAAAAGAUCACUGACCACUCAGAUUAAAACUGUGUCUUACAUCAAGGAGAAGAUAAAAGGAGAAUUAUCUUCAGAGAGAAGCAUCAAUCUGUUCCACUGUCUGAAUGAGCUGAACGACCGUUCUCUAGUGGAGGAGAUCGAACCGUACCUGACAUCAGAAAGUCUCUCCGGAAAAUCUCUCUCUCCUGCUCAGUGGUCAGCUCUGGUCUUCAUCCUACUGGCAUCAGAAGAGGAGCUGGACGUGUUUGACCUGAAGAAAUACUCUGCUUCAGAGGAGGGUCUUCUGAGGCUGCUGCCAGUGGUCAAAGCCUCCAAAACAUCUCUGUUGAAUGACUGUCUUCUAUCAGAGAGAUGCUGUGAAGCUCUGGCCUCAGUUCUCAGCUCCAACUCCUCUAGUCUGAGAGAGCUGGACCUGAGUACCAAUGAUCUGCGGGAUUCAGGGGUGAAGCUGCUCUCUGGUGGACUGAGGAGUCCACACUGUACACUGGAAACUCUCAGGCUGAAUCGUUGUCUUCUAUCAGAGAGAUGCUGUGAAGCUCUGGCCUCAGUUCUCAGCUCCAACUCCUCUAGUCUGAGAGAGCUGGACCUGAGUACCAAUGAUCUGCUGGAUUCAGGAGUGAAGCUGCUCUCUGCUGGACUGGGGAGUCCACACUGUACACUGGAAAUUCUCAGCUUGUCUGGCUGCCUGGUCACACAGGAAGGCUGUGCUUCUCUGGCCUCAGCUCUGAGCUCCAACCCCUCCUAUCUGAGAGAGCUG